UUCGUCUUGGAUCCAACAGAACUUAGUGUCAACUGAACUCUGCGGACACAAACAUGACGCUUGAGGAUAAUAGUGGAGAAAACGCUUCUGAAAGGUGAACAAUUUCUAUAUUUUUUAUGAGGCUUAUUGUUCUUAGCUAUGUUUGCAAUAGCAUGUUUGCAUUUUAAAUAUGGCUUAUGCUGCUCAGUGCACUGAUGCUAAUUAGUUCAUUAGUAUUAUUAAUGGUUAAAUGAAGUUAGGAGGAGAGAAGCAUUGCAAUGUUACCUCAUCCAAAGUGACUGUCAUUUUUGUGCUUAUUAGGAUGGAGUCUGUGGCCCAUGCCUUGGAGGAGGUUCUGAGUGCAGCCUUACCUCAGGGUUGCAUCACUGUGGGUGUCUAUGAGGCUGCCAAGUCUCUCAAUGUAGAUUCAGACAACGUGGUUCUGUGUGUACUGGCCUCCGACGACAGCGACAAACACGACGCGGCACUGCAGAUCCACUUCACGCUCAUCCGCGCCUUCUGCUGUGACAACCACAUCGACAUCGUGCAUGUCGACAACAUGCGGCGUCUGGCUGAACUUGUGGGAGGGGCCAGGGCUGGAAGGGAACCGCUCGACCCACACUGCGUUCUGGUCACGCAGAACCCGCAGACAUCAUCCUGGAAGAGCUCUGCUCUGGGGAAGCUCCAAAGGUUCUGCAGGGACAGUCGCGGUUGGGACCAGUGGGUGCCACUGGUUCACCUGCCAGACCGAUGAAGUGAAAGUGUGCAGUCGCAUGUGUUGAUCUCAGUGUGGACGUCCAUGGAGGGAAAGCAGAAUGCUGGACCGGGUCAUGAAGCAAUGACUCAGCAGUCUGGAUCCAGGAUCCCAGGCCGAACCACGUGAGCAGUCUGAGACUUUUGCUUACAAUGAUGAUGAAGGUUGUCCUCUGGUGAACAAGAUGUUCCUGUGAUUUUGGGAGCUCAACAAGAACUGGUUCCAUCUGAAUGCUUCCCACCCCAGUUUCUCCUGCUCCAAAUGUCUGUUUCUGUACGUGGCUGUGAAGAAGCAAAUGAUUAAUAAAUAAAUGCU